AUGGAAGAUGAUUUAUACGCUAAGGAGCUUGAUGACUACGUCAAGCGGCAUAAUAUUCAUAAAAUUCUAAGAGAGUCUAUCGUAAAUAUCUGUCUUUAUCGUCCCGAUGACCCCAUUCGCUUCCUUCGUGAGUACUUCGAGGCUCUCGAUACCUCUUCGCCAAGUUACACUGACCCUGCGUCAAAUCAUACAUUAAGGCGUACAGUUUCAGCCGGAAAGCAAUCGUCAGCUUCGUGUAGCGGGAAUGCUAGUUAUCCCUCACCAUCGGCUGGUUCUGAGCCAUCUCCCAAUCCAGACAACGAUCCCCCAGAUGAGCCAUCAACAAGUACUCAACGAUGUCAUUCGGGUGAUCGGUGCUCUAGCAAUCAAAAUGGACUCAGUGAUGUUGAUGACGCCUAUGGCAGUAGUGGCGAAGUGCAGUUCCAUUCAUUCCCCACCCCGACUGCAGUGAAUUGCAGUUCAUCGGACCCAAUAUCUGCUAAGCGUCGUGUUAGACGUGGGGCUGUCAGUGGCGAGGUUUAUACCGAAGAAGACGCAGCUUCCUAUGUGAAAAAGGUUGUCCCUAAGGACUAUAAGACGAUGACUGCGCUAUCAAAAGCCAUCGCUCGCAACGUCCUAUUCGCCCAUUUAGACGAAAAUGAGAGGAGCGACAUCUUCGAUGCAAUGUUUCCCCUUCACCGCAGCCGUGGGGAUAUUAUAAUCAAACAGGGCGACGAUGGAGAUAACUUCUACAUUAUUGACCAAGGCAAAGUGGAUAUAUAUGUGAAUGGCGAAUUUGUUAGCUGCAUCGGAGAGGGAGGUAGUUUCGGGGAGUUGGCCCUCAUCUACGGCACUCCGCGGGCAGCGACAGUGAAGGCUCACAGUGACGAGGUGAAGCUGUGGGGCAUUGAUCGCGACUCCUAUCGCCGCAUCCUUAUGGGAAGCACUAUUCGUCGCCGCAAGAUGUAUCAGGACUUUUUGGCGCGCGUGCCCAUCCUGGACAAUCUGGAGAAGUGGGAGCGACUGACUGUGGCUGAUGCAUUGGAGCCGGUUCGCUUUGAGGCGGGUGACUGCAUUGUCCAACAGGGCGAUCCGGGCGAUGAUUUCUACAUCAUAAUUGAGGGCACAGCCGCGGUACUACAACGACCUUCGGAAAACGCGGAACCCGUUGAAGUAGGCAGGCUAGGUCCCUCCGACUACUUUGGCGAAGUGGCGUUGCUGUUGGACCGCCCGCGAGCAGCAACAGUGGUGGCGCAGAGUGCACUACGGUGUGUCAAAUUGGAUCGCAAGCGCUUUGAACGUGUGAUGGGACCCUGCUCCGACAUCCUCAAGCGCAACAUCGCCAAGUACAACAGCUACAUCUCGCUCUCCGUGUGA